CCGCCGGCCCGGCGUCCGGGAUGGCUGCCGAGGCAGCGCCCAGCCUGCAGCGCCUUCCAUCCUCCGCGGGGCCAGGGGCUCCUGACAACCUUUCAUACAUCCUUCGAAUUGGAAGGGCCCUGCUCUUUGGGUUUAUCAGAUCUCUGUUUCAGCAACUUGCAGGUGAUCAUCCCCAGAGGGCCUUGGUGGAGCAACUGAGCAGGGAAGACAUGUUGAUGGCUAGAGAGAAUGUGCCAGAUUCUGCCCAGGUCACCUCACUGCGAGAAUUCAUGCUCCACCUAUGGCAAGAACUCAGCAAUAAUCCAGAAAUCUCUAGUAUGGUCCAAUGUGUCAUUGGGAACAACCCACUCAAAGUCUUGGCCGAGGUCUCUGAGACUAUGUUUGCCAGUGGGAUCAACUGGGGCCGGAUUGUCGUCUUCUUCUACUUUGCAUACAGAGUCAUUGCCCAGUCUAGUUCCAGUUGUUUCCAGAGUGUGUUGGAUUGGGCCAUGGCCUUCUUGCGGGACCACUUGGCUGCCUGGAUCCAGCAACAGGGGGGCUGGGUUGCUAUGCUAAACUAUACCAUUUCUCCAAUGGGUAGAGGGAGACUAGAGAACACCCUCAGCUCUACAGACUGAUGUGCCUGCUUUCCUGUUGAGAAAGAAAAUAACUUGACACCCUACCAAUUUGCUCUCUGCUGUGACCGCAGUAGGACUGAUGUGAAACUUCCUUUUUAUUCUUGAGAGUGUGGGGCCGCAGAAGUUAAUGUUUUGCACUUGGGCCAGUGAGAGAGAAGUUCCAGUCCUUUUUGAGACAUAAAACUUGCUUUGCGACUUCAUGUCAGCCACUGUUUUUCAGCCUUAUCUACCAAUUGGAUUGUUGUGAAGGUUAAAGGAGAUGACCUCUGUAUUAUGAGCCCUUUGGAGGAAAGGAUGGGAUGUAAAUAUAUUUU